GAAACAAACUCCAAAUUAGUUCUGUCUAUCUCUAUAACCUUUUCAUUGAUGAGAGAAAGAACUGGAAAUAAUCAAUUUGUUAGAUGUUCUCUCAUCAAAUCUUGAUUAACCUUUGAGGUGCAAAGAUAAGACUGAUUAAACUGGUGGUAUGAAUUAAAAACAGCAGCAACUUGUACAAUCUCUCUAUCUGGAUUUUAUUCAAAAAGGCAAGACUGUCCACAGGUUUCUUGGGGCAUUUUCUUGUACUAGAUACACAAAGCUCUCCAUUUUUCUUGCUGUUUCUUGUUCAUUUACCGUUAAAUUUUUAGGCUGCAAUAAAAAUGGGACUAGAAAGCCUGCAAAGCUUGCAAAAUCUACACCUUUUAAUUCCUCAUCCACCACCUUCAUGUAGGAAACCUCUCUGUGCAAGAUCAUAUUCUUUGUCUUCAUUCCGUAGCCUCAAUAAUCACUCUCUUGGUUAUUCAUUAGGCUAUCGGUCUCCUCUUUUCGGUUCUUGUAGUAAUCUGAGAACUUUUGGUCUAAAAAGAUCUUGCAGUGCUGAUUCUAGUGAUUUUUUCGACGAUGACGAUGAUUUUGCUCGACAUGUCGAAGAUUUGAAGCGAAAAUUUGAUGCAACGGAGGAUAGAGAUGACCACAAAAAUGAUGAUAAUAACAAGAAUGAUAGGUCUGGUUCAUUAUCUUCUCCUGCUAAGAAGAUUUCGAAAAAUCUGAAGUGUGAUGAUGGUAAAAAGAAAAGUAAUAAAGAAAAGAAUGAUUUGUUUUUGCCUUCAAAGCUUGAGUUUCUUGAGCCUAACUUGCUCGGAAUCCGACCAGAGCCACCAGAAUGGCCGGAAAGAGAUGAGAUAGUGAAAAUGAGCAUUGCUCGAAAAGCUAAUAGUGUUGAUCAGAUUCCAUUAUCAUUGAGGAUGAUUGGUAAAAAGCAAAAAUGGCAAGAGGGUUUUGUGGAUGCAGGUGAUUUUGCAUACUGUUCUGUUAAGAAGGCCUUUUCGUCAAUGGUUUUUAUGAUUAGAGAGCUUCAGAAUUAUGCAUUGUCGAUAAGAGGUAGAGUUUACAGUGAAGAUUUACAAGCUGUGGUUAAUAAGUUUCAGAAGGAAAUGAAUGCUUCCUUUGUUUGGCUCUUUCAACAAGUCUUUUCAAGAACUCCAAAUCUUAUGGUUUAUGUUAUGCUUCUUUUAGCUAAUUUUACAGUACAUUCAAUGGCUGGGAGUAUGGAAACUGUUUCGUAUAAAAAAUUAUACCAUCUCCCAAUAACUACUCAGCAAGUCAUUCAAGAACAAAUUAGUGAUGGUGAGAAACUUUCAACUUCAAUUAAGAACCCUAAUUUUGGUCUUGAUGACACAACUGGGAUGUCAUCUUUGUCUGAAAAUCAAGAAAUGACAGAGGAAGAAGAGAUAGAGUUAUGGAACUUAAUAGUAGAGGAAGCUUUAAAACUGCAAGAAGAAUCAAGAUAUCCGGUUCUUGAUCAAGAAACUAUGAAACAACUUGUUUCACCCAUUUCUGUGGAGAUUGAACCUGAAGAUUACAUGGAAUUCCAUAGGACAGACCUUAUUUACCAGAUGGGUGUUGCUGAGGAUCCUGAAAAUCCUCUUUUGCUCUCAAAUUACGCUCAGUUCCUCUACAUGGUUCGCCGUGACUAUGACAGAGCGGAGGAGUGCUUCAAGCGAGCGAUAAUGUCAGGGCCACCAGAUGCUGAGAUAUUCAGUCAAUAUGCAGAUUUUUUGUGGGUAGUAAGAAAUGACCUAUGGAAUGCAGAAGAAGUAUAUCAGCAAGCAUUAGCAGCUGCACCAAACAGUCAUUAUUAUGCGUCCAAGUAUGCUAAUUUUCUUUGGAGCACCGGAGGCGAAGAAACCUGUUUUCCACUUACCAGUGCUUCUUAUAAUACAGUUAUGUAAGAUGAAAAUACAAACUAGUUUCCAUUAUAGAGCUUGCCUUUAUAAUGGUCAAAAAUAUAUUAUUCUGCUCAUCCUCUUCUUCCCUUUCCUCGAAAGCAAAUAUAUGUAUGUGUGUGUAUGUGUUCGCGCAUCUGUACACCCAUUUGGGGAAGUUUUGCCUGAUCUUUAGCUAUAACUUCUAUUUUUCAUGUAGUAGAUGUUCUUAGCUGAGCUUAUAUAUAUUGCUCGCUAAGAGAUCUUCAAGGAGUUAUAUGCAAAAAUCACUGGCAUGGAUCUGCAAACCUAUCUUAAACUAUCACAAUGAAAAUUAGAUUUUUGGUAUUUUA